GCGAGAGCGGUUAAGGAUUUCUGUGACAGUGACAGGAGGUUCUGUUAAGUCAGUUUUGCUGUGAAGCUGCAAGCAGCGGGAUUGCGUCGGUCUUUCUGCAGGUGGGAGUUGUUGAAACCCCCAUUUUCGCCUUUCAAGGAGCCUUUCCAAAUACAUUUUUCAGGGAUUACUGCAUUUCGAAAACCAAUGCUUUCUCUUCCGUCUUUCUGAGGCGUUGUAAUGUCAUUGGAAUUGAACCCAGAAAGGGAAGCACACACAGUUCUGUACAAGACAGUCGUGGAUGUGUAUGCAGUUCAUUGGUUUCAUUUACUUAAAGUGGAUAGUCUACUUUUCAAAAUCUUGUUUUUUUUCUAACUGGUAUUUUUAAGGAUAUAUUAAACCCACGCAUUUCAAGGAUUUUCUGUGCAUUGCCGAAAAGGGGCGUUUUAUCCUGGAUCCAAAUUCCUGACGGAUUGCAUUAGCUACAUAUACUGUACAGUGGAUACAGACUGUAUUACAGUAUAUAAUCUGAAUUCAAACAAGUAAAUAACUGAAAGCUAAGAGAUAAUGCGUGAACUUUUAAAGGUACGUGAGCACAAUUGAAAUAAUGCAUACUAGUAACUUGCAUGCCAGAGGAUUUUGAGCAGUUCUAUACUUAUUUUAAGUACAGUUAGUACAAGAUAAGCAGAACAUUUUACUUUUAAAUUUAGAAUAAAUAAAAUUAAAUAAAAAAAAAAAUUCUUAAACACAUUCCUUUGAAAACGAGAAAACUACAAACAAAAGCAGGACCACGUUACUUUUAAAAAGCUCUGCGUAAUUAUUACCAUAAUUCAAACAAACCUUGCAUGUCACAAAAGUCUAAAUUGAUAAAGUGAAAACUAUCUUUUGAGGUUUUUUUUUUUUUUUUUUUUUAUGUGUUUUGCAUAAAUCCUGAACGCCUGGUUUAGAUACUUUAUUUUACCGCGUUAUGGCAAAUAACACGAGACCUUACGAUAACCGGAAUAUCGUGUCAAAGUAUAUCCAUUACAGACUCCUGAAAAGGGGCUAUAUGUGGGACUCCCAUGUGGGUAGAGAGUCUGGCUCUCCAAAUAAUAAUGGGUUGCUCGGCUCCUCCCCCUCCAGCUCUCCAGUUUUGGUACGGCGUCCCGUGCCAGAUCCUGGAGAGGGUCCUUCCCUUUUAGUAAAUCGAACGGCCAGGGUCGAUCCCCAUGCGGACCUCCAUAAGGUUUUACGGGAAGCCGGGGAUGAAAUCUCACGAAGGUAUCAGCAAGAGUUUGCAGAGAUGGCUGGACAGUUACAUUUCACACCAACCACAGUACACAUGAAAUUUGAAUCGGUGGUCGAAGAGCUUUUCAGGGAUGGGGUGAACUGGGGGAGGAUUGUCGCGUUCUUCGAGUUUGGUGGGACAAUGUGCAUGGAAAGCGUGAACCGGGAGAUGACGUCCCAAGUGGAUAAUAUAGCAAACUGGAUGACUGAGUACCUAAAUGGACCGCUUCAGAACUGGAUCCAAGAGAAUGGAGGAUGGGAUGCCUUUGUGGAGCUAUACGGAAGUCAGAGGGGUUCGAUGUUCAACUACUCCUGGUCUUAUCUGAAGACUGCCCUCAGUCUGGCUGCUUUGGGUGCUGCUGGCAUCACCAUUGGUGCUUAUUUUGUGCAGAAAUGAAAUGAAGCAGCAAAUAGCCUUUCCUUUGGGUUUGAAGCGCAACAGUUAAAAAUAAUAUUGCCUACAAGUGAACAGUAAAAUCUGGAUUCUACAUCAGCUUGAGUAGCAAAUAUAGUAAAACAACACAAUUCUUUCUUCAGGGGAGACAUGGCACACAGCUUUUUCAACAAUAGUUUGAACGCAAUUUCAUAAAAUUUCAUUUGCUUUUUUUUUUGGGUGUUUUUUUUGAGCAUUUGUCACGGGGAAAAAAAAACACGGAAAAAAUGCAGGCAUUUUGCAACUGCAGUACACAGUUUUCCGAGCGAUAUUGCUGUACCACAGAGGGGAUACAUGCAUAUGCCUCUAUCAAUAUCUUACUUUUUUACUUUGCCUUUUUAGGAUUGACAAUUUUGAAAAGCACCAUUUAAACAAUGCAGUAUAUCUAAACUCCUGGCUCUCCGGAGUGUGGGUGUGGGUGUGGGUGUGGGUGUGGGUGGGUGUGGGUGUGUGUGUGGGUGGGUUGCAGGUUGCUACUUAUCUUGUUACCAAAAUUCAGGAUGUUAAGGUCAGGGGACUGAACUACUUCUCCACUUGUCUGAUCAGACACGGUUCUUCCUGGAGGAGUGAGUCAGAUAUAACAGAUGUUCUGACUCUUCAUUAAAGGGUUUGUAUCGGAUUUGGUAAUCGGUAAUGUUCCUAAUUUUAAAUUGUAAAGAGCAUUACUAAAGUAUUAAGGAUAAACAUGCUGUAGAUGUAUUAGCAUUCCUGCUUUUGAGCUGCUUUCCUAUGUUUUGUUUUCAAUAAGGAUUUUUUUGUAGAAUGCUUCUUGAUAAUGAGCAAAGUACUAACUAUGUGGUAGUUAUUAUUUUUCAUUACUAGAGAGCUCCUCAGCUUUAUCAUUAUUUUUUUCAACCAGCUUGAAAAAAACAUGAAUGCCCAUUAUGUCUUGGCUGCCCAAAAAGCUGAACUUGAGUUUGAGCAUUCUUGUGAAAGCAGUAUUGGAGCCAAAAUAGGUUUAGGUCAGUCACAUAUGUUUGACAGCGGCAAAUUCCACAGAUUAGAGACUGAAAGCUCUUUUAAUUGAAUUGAGUUACACUUCGAGGACAGCGUGUAAGUACAAUAUAAAAACCUGAAAACUGAAGACCUAGCCUGCGUUAUACACUGGGUGCAAAUCCCCUUCAAGGCCCUCAGUGCAUCAACAGGAUGGUUGUAGAGCUGAAGGUAUUUAGAAAGCUAUCAAUAGGAGUUGUAGCAGCGAGUUCUGUAGGAGAGGAAGACAUGUUAAAGUGAAAGACCCAUCUGUUGUGUGGAUUCAGUAACACUUAAAGAUCAGAUUGGCACCUAUUCACAAGCAGGUAAAAAUCUUUAACAGAUGGUGUAUACAUCUUUCCGUUUGCUAAGAAAAACACCAGAAUACAUCAGUCACAUUCCUUAUUUUCAAGGACAGUGAGGUUAACAGUCAGGGAACCAGCUGCGGAUUAAAUAAAUAUGAUACAAGGCUUUCCAUAGAUGAAAGGUUUUGUUCACUAAUUAACACAGUGUUCAUUGAAGUGACCAAAUAAUAUUCAUGUUAAUUCAUUCAAAGCCAUGUUGAAGGUGUAUUCACAUUCCACAUGUUUUCUCAGUCUCUUUUCUUUUUUUGCCCAAGUUACCAGACCUGUCUGGCUUGAAGCUGCAAACCAUUACAAUGGAUGCAUGUGCGUCCCUGUUCUUUUGCAUUCAUUCAUUUCACUUCACUAUGUUUUUACCAUGAUAAAGCACAGUAGACUUCUAUAACCCUGCUUGAUUAAAAUGUUCAAAGCAAGAGAAAGGACCUCAAGCCAACUGGGUGAAACUGGAUUGCUUGCAUGUAUUUGGUAAAUAAUGACUCUUAAAAGACCAUAAUAAUAAGUCAUCACCAUCACUUGAAUUACCCUGGUUAACAAGCAGCUUGGUCAGGGUAUGAAAUAUCUGUAUUUGCUUAACUAAUUCAUUCUUCUUGUUUUCAUUCACUUUGUUUAGUUUUCCGUUUCAGUCGUUGCAUCCUGGGGACUUUUUAAAACUCCAAAAUAUGAUGCACCCCUGUGGCCUCAACACAGCUCUCGGAAGAACAUAGCCAACAUGGCGUGGAGAAUCUAAAUAUCGUCGUCACUCAGAUCAUUCAAAUAAGGAAAUCUUGUGAAAAAGUACAUCUUGAACAGUGGGAGUUUUGCCUUUUAAAGUAAGUAAAAGGCCAGGAUUGGGUAUUUAGUUCCUCCACUGUGGAUCAAUUGAAUAGAUCUCAUUCAGCUCCACUGAUACCACUGGGGUGCUUUAAACUUAGGACUUUUAAAAAGUCACCAGUAUGUGAAGACUGAAAAUUAAUCUAAACAAAGAGGUGAAUACUUCUGAUUCAGAAGAUCGCUGCUGAUUCAUACCCAAUCAAGCUGUUUUUUAAGGUUUCAUUUUUCAAACAAAAAUGUAGUCUUUCAUAACCACAUAGCACAGAGGUACACCUUUCAGGAUGUUUUUGGUUGUCGGAUGAAAACUGAUCAAAUAAGAAAGUCAAACCAUUUCUUUGCUGGCCUGAAUUUUUUUUUUUCUAUUAGAAUUGUAUUUACUGGAACUUAAGGGGUUGAAAAGGAGUGUGAACCUACCAGAUGUUCUUCUACCAAAUUCUAAAGCUAUCAGGCUAUACUGCCAGUAUGUCAUAGUGAAUUAAGCCAGCACACGCCUCUUGUAUAAUCUUGUAUAUCCUUCAGUGUGUGUUUCCUUAAAAUAUGUACCUUCAGAGAGAAUAGUGUUUUAUACAGCUGCAAUGUUACCUAUGUAAUACAUUUAGCUUAUUUAUGACUUUAUUUAAGCAGUCGUGUGUGUGUGUGUGUGUGUAUUUUUGUAUAUACAUUAGAGUAUUCCUGCGUAAAAUACAACCCCCCCCCCCCCCCCCAAAAUGUUUUACAACUGCUAUUCGUAUGGGCUACUUAAAAAAAAGGAAAAUAUAUACAUGUUGUGUGAUCUUAAAAUGUGCUUGUAAUUACAGAUUCAUAUUUAUUUUAAGGUACCCAGUGUAAAGUAAUUCAUAUGCUUCUCUAAUUAGAUGUUGAUAAUGGAGGCUAUGAGAAAUAAACCUUAGCAUUAUAGUGCAAAGAGGGGGUUAGGUACAUUUGGAGAGAAUCCCAGCCAAUGGGCCUCCCUAGUCGCACUAUUACAUACUCUUGCUGCUGCUAAACUAGUACCAGUAUGAUGACAUAGCUUUGUGGAUAUAAAACAGAACUAUUAGUAAAAAAAAAAAAAAAAAAAAAAAGGAG